UAUAAAUACAUAUAAUAUUAAAUAACACGAUGAAUUUAACAUAUCAGCUUUAAAAUAUUUUCUGUUCAAAAUAAGCAUAAUUCAUCUACUAAUGGUAAUUAUUUUUAUUAAGUGCUUAUCUAUUUACUACAGAUAAACCUAAAAUUGACCCGGAUUUCUAUUCGAAAAGUUGAUUAUUUUUACUCCAAUAAGAAUAAAAACUUUGAGAAUUAACUAUACAAUUCAUCAUUAUCAGUAAGUAUUUCUGUUUAUGAUCAUUACUUUCUUAGUUCAUUAUUUGUGUAAGUUAAUAACUAAAGUAUUCGUUAAUAUUAGUGUUAUGCUAUUAAUAGUAGACAAUUUGAAAUAAGGAAUAUAUUGUACUGUAUAUAAUCUUCAUUCGAAGACUAAAAUAGUUAAUAAAAAUCGUAUAAUUCAUGCAAUUUGUUAAAAUAAGUAUUUCAAUACUGGAAUAAGAAAAUUCCGGAAGCUUGAAACAUUCAUAAUAUAUUCAAAACAGAUUUUGUAGUUGAAAGUAAUAAUACCUAGUUAUUACUAUACAUUCCUAUAAGCAAAUAAAUAAAUUGAUUUAUCAGUCAACUUAAUGUUUAUAUCUAGUGCUGCUAAGAAUCUUUUGGUGUCAAAGUUUGGCCCAGAGCUCCUACCUCCCGUUACAAAAUGAUCAAAAUCGGAAAUUGAAAGUAACCUUAGUUACAUAUGAAGUAACAGCUGAUAACAUAUAAUAAAUGUGAUGACUUCGCGGAAACGUGGAAGAUGCUGUUGAGAACAAAAUUUCUCAUCAAAAUUACACGUACGAAACUUGAUAAUUUACAACCUCAUAUACGUAAUAAAAGAAGUUUCUUUGAUGGGGUCGGUCAACUACAAAAAUGGUUGUUUGGUACACUUGAUACCGAUGACGGUAAUAAAUAUGAUAAGGCAAUAAAAAUUCUAGAAACAAACCAACAAAACAUGAUUACGGAAAUAAACUUACAAAGUUCACUUUCCAAGAAUCUUAUAAGAAAUUACAAUGUAACAAUUCACACCUUAUCAAAAAAUCAAGAAAAAUUUGCAAAUUCUCUCGAAAAAUUUCAAAUCAGCGUGCAAAAAUCAAUCACUGAAUCACACGAGUAUUUAACCUUUCAAACAAUCAUUUCACAAAUAAAUCUAGACUGUCAAAAUAUUAUCACAUUCUUAGAUAAUUUGGAAGACUCCAUAGCUUUCGCGAAAGAAGAGUCCAAAAUCGAACACCACUCCGUAUUGUUCUCAUCUUAGAGGGGAGGAGUUACAUAUGAAGUAACAGCUGAUAACAUAUAAUAAAUGUGAUGACUUCGCGGAAACGUGGAAGAUAAUAAAAACUGCAUUUCUUUUAAUAAUUCAUUCUCUGUUCUAACUUUACUUAAUAAACAUAUAUUGUAAUAGUAAUUUUUGUUUUUAAAAAUCCAAAUUCGAAGUUUUAACAUAUAAUUCCUUGUUAUUGCACUGGCCCAAUGUCUCAUUUUUUAAAGUUCGUUAAAACUGAAAAUUCGUAGCAUGAGUUGAGCUUUUCUGAAACAUCUCUAAACCGAUAGUUUUAUAGGACGAAAAUAAGCAAUAUGGGAUAAAUAAAUUGGAGGCAAGAAUGGGCAAAUAAUUUUUUUAAUUUUAUCAAAUAUUGUGGAGAGAUCCGUGACUGCGUUAUUCUUUUCUGUUGAUCUCUUUCAGCUUAACAUGACUAGAUACAGUAUCCAGUGUUAUGGAAUUGAUGUUAAUAAGGAAAAAGUAUGUACACAAUCAGAUUCUCCAGUUUUUCCUAAUUAUAAACCAAAUUAUGUUUUCUACAAUUUGGGAAAAUCAGAAGUUAGUGUAGAAGCCAUAUAUGGGACAGCUAUUUCUUGGAUUGGGAUAAUAACAGGGCCGGUAGUUGUGAAACCAGGCGAAAGAAAAAUUUUAGAAAUUGAUGAUAGAGUUUAUUAUGUUACAGGACAAAAAGUUCACAAUCUUGGAGUGCAUAGAGCUCUAGUACACUGUUCUACCGUUGAUGGAUAUUCUUCAUUCGAUGAUGGUCCUGAAAUCCCUUUAAAAAUUGACAUAAACAAAAUUGUGAAAAUACUUGUUAAAUUUGGAGUUGGGAAAAUACCAAUUGUUGGUAAGGUAUUUGCAUCCAUUUUGGAUUAUUUCUGGCCUUCAAAUAAAGCCAAUGUGUGGGAUCAAAUCAAAGAUCAAGUUAGCAAUUUAAUUGAUCAAAAAGUAAGAGAAGCGAUUGAAGGAAUACUUGGCGCAGAACUCAGGUCGCUGAAAACUCAGAUUCAGACGUUGCAUCAAGAGCUGGAGCUUAAUUUACCCAACACGGGAGAACACUAUUUUACAAUCGCACAAACUUUAAUUGGAUUUGAGAAGAAAUUCACGUUUACUAAAGAAGAAGAUUCUGAUUAUGCAAAUAUCAAUUACUUUCUCUUACCUAUGUAUUCGGCCGUAGUUAACAUGAAGAUACUAUUUUAUCAAUUUGGAAUAGUUAAUCAAGAGAAAUUGGAAUUAACUAAUGACAAUAUUAACUUGUUAAAGAUGUGGAUGAACACUCUUAUAGAAGAUGAAGAUGGGGCAGUUCAAUACAUUCAUAAAGUUUUUGUUGACCAAUACUAUUUAGAAUAUGAGACGUGUUUUCCUGAUAUAGUGUUCAAUUCUAUAGCAGCAGUGCGUCAGUAUUGCGCGCUUAACGGUUUUGAAUAUAUUGAUUAUUGGCGAUCAAUUUUAAAAGAUCCAUUUACUACUAAGAAACCCUACAACACUGCAAUAUCGUACUCCACACACUUUUCUCGGCCAACGCCGCUUUUAGCUAGAGAGAUGAUACCUAUUGAAGUAGGUUGUCCAUUGCAACCAAAAUUAAUCAACGGUAGAAGAAAUAAAAUGAUAGGAAUCACAGUAGCUAUUUUCAGAUCAUCUAUGAAUAUUCCGAAAAUUCAAGGGAUGGUUAUCCAGUACGAAAAUGGCGAUUCGAUAAAUUUAGGAGAGGCAUCUUCCGAAACAAUUCCAAUAGAUUUCAAAGGAGCUUAUUUGAAAAAAUUGACAGUGUGGGGAUGUAAUGCAUUAGAUAUGUUUGAAUUUUUGUUUACAGAUGGUCGUACAGCAUCCUGUGGAUCUAAUGUGGAUUCAGCAAAUGUAAAUAACGUUUUUGAAUUAGAUUAUCAUCAUAUUGCUGGAAUUAUGAUCACCAAUGAUGCCACCGGCUUAAAAGGACAAUCUGCGAGCAUAUCUGUAUCAUAUCAGUUAACCCCAGAAGAAUGAUCCGAGGAGUUUUUUUCUUUAUUAUCAAGUUUUAUACAUUUUUAAUUGAUAAUAAAAUAUAUCAAUCUAUCAAA